AGUACUAUGAUAUCUCGCAUAAGCUCUGUUGGGAUCCUGCCCUUGAAGACCUACUUGGCGGCUACCCAAUAAAUAUUUAUAGGUCAGGCACACACACAACACAAGAGCAGAAGCCAUCACCUUUUGCCCUAAAAGAAAAAAAAUAUUCAUUCCCAAACACACUGCUUCCACCUACACAGGUUCCCAAAUGCUUGCUAAGGGACAUCUCUCUCACCUUAGGUGGUUUAUUUGGGUAUUCAGGGACACUGUUUUUUGCUUGAAGUGGGAAUGCAGUUGACUGCCAAAAUGUACUAAAUUUACAUUUAUUUUGUGACUAGUAGAGAGAUGUUAAGUAAAAUGAAUCUUCUAACAGUGUAUUCCUUCACCCUCUGGCCAGGGAGAAAGGGACUUUUGAAAUGGAGAGGAGGGUGGGCAUCCUAGCAAAGGGAGGAGGGUAAAAAACCAUGCAUUUGAAAACCAUGAUAUAUUGCAUUUUACCUGAAUUCCCUUCUCCUUCUUUGAAUUAACUGGUUUCUCUGAAUUUGGCUCAGCCCUGGUGGGGGCUGCUGCUGGCAAUCAAGGGGGGCAAGGCAGUUCUGGGUCAGUCUCAGCAUGCCUUACUGACUCCCUCCUCUUUCUUGCUGUGCUCUUAGGAGGUUGGAUCCUCCCAUUCAUGUUUACAAUAAGGACCAUAGUGAAAUGGGGUUCUCACCCCAAAUAAGACUGAAACCUCCUAUUCCUAAAGUGGAGAUGCAUUUGAAGGAAGCUGCAAGAAAAUCUCCUACCAUGGUCUUGUUCUGUGGGACGCAUAGAAGAUUGGCCUCGUCCUAACAAAUCAGGGGGGAAAGAAAGAAGUGCUCAGAGACGGACUUUAAAGCUUGGUGCAACUGGAGUGGAAGGGGAAAGGAUGAGUUCACCCACUGAUGCCAGCAUGGAAGAAAUCCCUCUGGAAGAUGAAGAUCAAGACAGCAUGGAAUACAAGGUUGUAUUGGCCUUUGCCCAACGGCGAUUGUCCGCUAGCAAAUAUGAGCAACUUCUGGAAAAGGGGGUAAAGACAGAGAGAGGAUUGCCCCAAGACCAAGCAGAAAUGGAAAAUGUUCCUCAAGCUCAUAAGACCAAGAGAAGCCACAAGGUGUCCAUCAAGGAUAAAAGGCCCACUACCCUAAAUAAAAAAAGAAGGACAAAAACAUCUACCUGGAAAUGCCGGCUUCUCCCUUCCUGUUUGAGAAGAGAGACAGAAGAGGGCCCCCAGCAGCCAUCUGCUAACCAAGAUGAUAUGAAUGGAUUGACCUUAAGUGCAGCAACAGCUGGUGGGAGUGCUGAUGCUUCUUCAGGGCCAGAAGCUAGGGCAGAGACCAUCAACCACGUUGCAGACAGACUUGUCAAGAUAGUUUGUUUCAAAUCACCAUCAGAUUCCUCAAGAGUGGCAUUCAGAACACUAGUGCAUACUCCAAGCCUAGAAGAAGAUGGGAAUGGCACUGAAAAAGAUGAAGAAAAGAUAAUAGAAGCAAUUGUUGAUUUGUUAAGAAAAUCAGGAGAUGAACUGGUGACAAAGUUGGAACAGGACAGGACUUUCCAUCAGCGUGUCAUGGAUAUGUUCUCCUAUGCCUUCUUCAAAAAAGUCACUGAUCAGUUCUUGGAGGAUGUCCCAAUGGAUUCUAUAAAAGAGGAUGAAGACAAGAUCCAAUACACUAAAGUUGCUUUUGCAUUGGAAGUCGCAACUAGACUUACAGCUGUGGACAACCAUCCUAUGAAUCUGGUCCUGGGGUUUGGAUCAAAGUACCUCAAAGAACAUUUUAGCCCUUGGAUUCAAAACCAUGGUGGAUGGGAAAAGGCUUUGGAAUUGCUGAAUGAGGAAGAAGUAGAAUAAAUUUGAUUCACUCUUCGGAGCUUUGGCAGCUAAUCCAAGCUAAAAGUGAAUUGAGAGAGAGAGAAACUUUGACCUUCCUCAAACCUGGGGAUAGGAUUGUUCUUCAAGCCACAUGAUGCAGAAAUAUCCUCUACUACGUAUGAAAACAAGACUUGCUGCCUUUCUUGUGACGAACAGACACCUCACCAUACAGGAAAUGCAACAUUUUAGCUUUCAUUAAUGUGAAUUCUGGUGGGGUGUUUGGUUUUUUGGGGUGUGGGGGUUAGCAGAGUUGCUUCCCAAUAUUUCCAUGGACACAUCAUUAAAAUAUGCAAUCAUGAACAGAUUAUAGAAAUGGGACCAGCUUUGCUAUAGAAGUUGUAAUGUUAGAUGCUGAUAGUGCUUUUGUGCCAUUAUCACAGCACUCUGAAUCACAUUUAGCUCCUGUUUGUGAAUGCAUGGCUGUGGACUCUCCAUUUGGAGUGAAAGGUCCCAGUGAUUUCAGCUGAAGGGCUUUCAUAGUGAGAAGACCUAUUCUCUUCAGACCUUUAGCUCUGUUCUCAAUGUUCACCCCCAGAAAGAUCAACUUGUAUGAGCAUUUCUAACUUAGCUUCUCUGUUAUAAUACACUACCCCCCCAUGCAUACAAUAUACAUUAUUCUCAUAAGCAUUAAUUUGGCUAACAGAAGACUCUCAGAAGGGUGAAGUUAAGGAAAGUUAAAACUGUCCUCUGACCAAUAAAAACAACUAUUUGUUGUAGCAUUUAAAAGAAAGCCAUCUGCCAGGGAAACUGUUCCCAAUAUUGCUAUUUGAUUUGUAGCCCAUUUGGCUGAUAUUUGUUUAAUUG